GUUGGAAGAAUUGGAGGAAUCGCGGGGCGCGUCCCUCCUGCGAGCCCGCGGCAUCUCCGCUCGCUUCCUCCGCCUCCCGCCACCGCCAAUUUCCAGACUUCCUGGAUGACAAGGCCGGGGAAGCAGCCCGGCUUGGCUCGCCCGGUAUUUAACGGGGGAGGCCACAGAAAGCACGACUCCCGAGCUCGCCACUGGGACUCGCGCCGAAGCUGAGCCGCGGGCCGCCCCGCCUACGCUUCUCCGGACCGGCGGCGAAGAGAGUCCAAGCAGAGGGGCGCCGGGCCGAGAAGCGGCGACGCGGGCUGGGCAGCCUGGGGCGUCUCGACCCCGCGUCCUCCCCUCUCCCUCCGCGGCGUUUGGUCUCGCCCGCGCCUCCGCUCCCUGCCAUGUUGGAUUGCACGGCCGGCGCCGGGGAGAAGUUGGAAGUUUAGUGCCUGUCGGGAGAGCGGCGGAAGGCGCGCAGAGGGCGAGGAGCGGGACUUCCCGGCCGCUCCGCUCGCUCGCUUGAACCCCUCAGGAGUUGUUCCUCGGUCCGACGACGCGCGGCGCCCCCUCAGGUCGCCGCCCCGAUGUUGCUGCAAUAGCGCGGGGAGGCAGGCUGCUGCGCCGCCACCCUCCAGGAGACGCGGGGCCUGACCCCCAGACGAGCUAGAGCCAGCUGCGAAGCCGGCCGAGGGGUUGGCAGUCCCGGCCGGGCGCCGGCGGCGGCCGCUAUGAACAACAGCCAGCAGCAGCAACAGCAACCCCCGCCGCCGCGGAGGGUCUCCAACGUGGGCUCCAUGCUGCUCACCCCGCAGGAGAACGAGAGCCUCUUCGGCUUCCUCGGCAAGAAAUGCGUGACAAUGUGCUCUGUGGUCGUCCAGAUAUAUGCAGCGGAGCGCAAUGCUAUGUGGUCAAAGAAAUGCUGUGGUGUAGCUUGCCUUGUAAAAGACAAUCCACAAAGAUCCUAUUUUAUCAGAAUAUACGAUAUAAAGGAAGGAAAACAAUUGUGGGAACAAGAAUUAUAUAAUAACUUUGUAUAUAAUAGUCCCAGAGCAUAUUUUCAUACCUUUGCUGGAGACACAUGUCAGAUGGGUCUUAAUUUUGCUAAUGAAGAAGAAGCUAAAAAAUUCCAAAAGACUAUAACAGACCUGCUUGGACGAAGGCAGAGAAAAUCUGGUAUUUAUAUAGUUUUUCAGUGCUUGUUUAUCUUGUUUGUAGUUCUAGUUUAUAAGAGGAAACCUUUGGCUGUGGUCAUACCCAAUUAAUCUGUGCCCUCCCUA